AUGAAGCGAUGGUACCGUAAUGGGUAUAUUGAGGGUAGUUUUCAGAAGAACAACACUAUUGAGGAUGACGAGGGGUCUAGGGCGGAGAAGAUUAUAAGAGAAAUGUCUAUUAUUGAUACGUCCAUAAAAGUCGAUCAGUCUAAGGUUGGUGGGCUCAUGUCCGCUCCGCUCUCGCCUGUUAAGAAGGCAAAGAAAGGCAAAACAAGCCCCCUAGAUGUUUCUGGGGUCACCACAAAUGGUGAAUCUCCCGCCAAGCGCAAAAAGCAAGUCAAAUCCGAGGUCACAUCCUCCAUUUUUGAUGUGUCUCAAAUGGAAGAAAUAAACCACAAUGUGAAGCCGCACAAAAAGGCCCGGCUGGAGACCGUUGGCGACUCCACUACCGACGAGUCCGCACUCAGCUGCGACCAGUGCGGGAAGUCUGUCGGCUUGCGCCAACGUCCGGACUCGCACAUUCAGAAGAAGCACAUCUCCCAGUUGAAGUGCCCAAAGUGCCAGGACGUCUUCAUCAAAGUGCUACACUAUGUGAGCCACUUUUGGGAUUGUUUAACCGACAAGGGAUUUCCUUGCGGCGUGGACAAGUGCACGAAGGUCUUCAAGUUCUUUUAA